AUGUCAUCGAAAUAUUCAGAGCCAGUGCUCGGCAACUCUCCCCUAGAGUAUCAAACUAUUGAGCUCCAAUACACCCAAUGGCUGCUGACAGCCCUCGGGGUCUGGUCAAUGGUCUCAAACAACGUCAGCCGAAAAUCAAGAGUCUCAUCAUUACCAUCUGUCUGUGUAAUUCUAUUCGCAAUAGCUUUUACUAUAGUUCCAUGCCUCAUGUUCGUAACCAUCAGAAUGAAGAAUUUACGGAGUCGAUUGGUAUUCUUCGGUCCUUUGGGAUUCCGUAUAACGAAUCUUUUGAAGUAUCUCUUUAUAAUAUACCGUGCUGAUAUCUUAAAAGUUUGUGUGAAUCACAUAGAGGCGGACUGGGCGGAGGCAGCCACAAAGGAGGAUCAACUUGUCAUGUUGAAAAGUGCAGAAUUGGGAAGAAAAUUGACCCGAAUGUGUGCCCUUUUUAUGUACAGCAGUGGAAUAUUCUUCCACGCAAUGACAUUCUUGCGACCGAGACAAGUCGAUGCCUUCAACGUAACUAUCAGACCGCACAUCCUACCAGGAUAUGAUUUCUUUGUCAAUCCUCAAUUGACUCCAACCUAUGAGAUCAUAUUCGGGAUAAACUGCCUGUGUGGUGCAGCUAUUUACACGAUUGUCGUUGCAACGUGCAAUCUUGCCGCAGUUUUCGUGGGUCAUGUUCGUGGACAAGUCCAAGUCAUCAGGUUAAAUCUCCUCAGACUUGAGGAGUAUGAUCACCGCUAUGAGAAUAACAAAGACAUCAGCAAAGGUAUUGCGUUCGUAAUAAGAUGCCAUGUGAACAUAUUGAGAUUUGUGGGGAAUAUUAGAGACGUACUCAGAGAAAUUUGUCUGGUAGAAGUUGUUCAUUCCACGGCUGUUAUAUGUUGGCUUGAAUUUUUCUGUUUAACGGGCUGGAAGAACAGUGAAGUUAUAUUCAUAAUAACAUACUUUCUGCUGCUUGUAUCGUUGACGUUUAAUAUAUUCAUGUUUUGCCUGAUCGGGGAGAUAUUGGACAAUGAGGUAUGCCACGUAUGA